CUGAGCUUUCUGCAAUCUACUCUGAAACCACUGCAAGACACUUGACCAUUUCCAGGAUUUUUCGGCUCCAGCAAUCAGCAAUGGCUGAGUAGACGAAUGUAGACGACGUUCGUUUGUAAAAUGCGUCCAUGCUGGGCAUGGCACUGGUGUUUCUCGGGCCCCAUCUGGCUGUGGCUGUGGCCAGUUUGGGCCAUGAGGCCGCAAAUUGAUGGCAGUCUCCAUCCGGACGGCCCGCCCUCCUCUGCAAACAGUACUGGGUGUGACAAGACGCUCUUCUUCGCGGCGGUGGGGCCGGAAUUUAGGGACACGAUGAGAAAGAAUGCCCUUCACCUGCAUGCAACAGGUGUAGUUGACAUCUUCUUCGCCCACUACCGACAAGACUUAGCAAAUUGGCAAAAGGAGUCCUGGUACCAGGAGACGGUGAAGUACAGCGUGUCGUAUAAGGAGAUGAAAGCUGACUUCGUACUGAAGGAGCUUGUGAAGCAAGAGACCUUCAGACUGAGGGGCUAUUGUUGGUAUUGGAUCGCAGAUGAUAAUGUCGACUUCACCUCCUUGGAUGUGAAGCGAUACUUGGCUCUGGCGGCCGAGACGGGAGCCAGUCUGGUGCAGCCCGCCGUGGAAUUCGACAGCCACGGCAUCCCGUCACACCAAAUUGUGACGGCCUACUCUGCAGACGUGGAGUUACCAGACCAUUCCAUCAGUCGAAGCCUCUAUCGGUAUUCGGACUUUGUGGAGGUGAUGUCUCCGCUCUUCCGGGAAGACGCUCUGAUAGCCGCCUGGAAGCUCUACCUCCCAGGCCUGGGCAGCGACUUCGGCAUGGACUUCCUUUGGUGCCGCUUUGUGGCCGCCCAGCUCCGGGCUCGCGUGGACCGAGUGUGUGCCAUCAUCGAUGCAGAGCACAUGUACAAACUUCCACACCUGGAAAGCUACAAUUUCGAGGAUGGGCUGGCCGUCCAAGAGGUUCUCUUGAAUGAAUUUGCGGAAUACACACAGAGGAGCAUGGAGACUUCUGGUCAGCUACGAGAUGAUCUAGAACAGCUGUGCCGGACGGCCAAAGACACACAGCUGGUGCGUGUUCGUGUGAAGCCCUACCUGGCCCAGGCCUCCUGGAAGAUGUGGAAGGCCCUCUUUCGCUGCAAGCAGUAUAACUUGGAAGCCGUGUGUCACAUUGAUGGGACUCUCAUCAACGGAGUCUUUUGGCGAGUUCUGGCUGCCGGACUCGUGUUGUGCAUCCCGCUGCUCCUUUGGCCACCCAGCAGCAGAAUGCGCAGACCCGAGUCGGACCCAAGCGCACCCGAGUCGCACCCAUGGAUGUCCCUGGAGGCUUUGCGAAGGACCCCGGUUUCCACACCAAUCCCCGUUUCCGAAGCGAAUGGAGACGGCGACGAGAUGGAGACGGCGUCGAGAUGGAGACGACGAUAUCCCGCGCGCGAGACAUGUUGCUCGUCUCCUGGCCGCAGCGCAGCGUCCUUCAGCCUCGCUCCCUUCGCCAGGUAUGUGCUGCAGCAACUCCGGCCACUCAGCGGGCUGAACAAGCAGAGCGGUGUCAGAGGGGUUUCAGAACCCCCCCGGAAUCCGAGUCACAGUAGUUAGGCAUUGGGUGCCCGUUAGCCUUCCCUUGGACCAUUUAAAAUUGGAACAGACAAAAUCCUUAGUAAAACAAUGGUGGUUCGGGAUUUAUCCUAUUAAAUUAAUGGUGGUUGGAAGCCUAGGCGGGGUGUAUUCCUAGAGGGGGACCCCCAACAGCCAAGGGUCUAUUUCUCUUCUUCCAACAGGUCUUUGGGAGGUCGUACUUGGGCUGACCUAUCCUGAAACCGACCAAUCCAAGAAGACCUUGAUCUGGUGAUAUUUGGGGUAUUCUAAAGAGGCCGAGUCAUUGGAUGUUGCUUCUUCUUAUCAUAGUUCCAGGUGGGGAAUGCACGUGUAUUUGACAUACACAAGCUUGAGAAGCUCCAGCGAGCCAGUUUCAGGCUGGUCCCAGAGAAGUCCAAGUUAACUAUACGUUGCUCCACUGAACAUCAAGGCAGGAAGUCCCUUUGACACAUAUACAUACUGUAUAUAGAUCGGUGUUAAGCUACAAAACCAUGUCAUUUGUUACGGCCCAAUCUCAAUCCCAGCAGGUUGCAAGCCAGUUCCUGGAAGUAGGUGCUCUCCCGGAGGGGCCCUAUUUGUCCCAUGUCUUAAAGCUGCUCAAGGCCGCUGCUCCGUCACCGGCGGAUCCUCUCACCGCCGCUGGAUCGGUGUUACGAUGAUUCUCCCACAGGUCGGCGCUGCAGGUGGUGCGACGCCCCGAGACGUUCAAGAGGCCGCUGCGCGCUCCGUAUCGCCAUCAGAUCUCAGAUGCCAGCUGAAAGGGAGGGGGAAGCCACGGGACAUCUGUCCCGUGACCCUUUGAGUGGCUUUGUCGAACGGUGCGUCGUCUCAACCCACCGCCGGGAACAGCGAGGAAAGGCUGGCGGCUGGCGGUGUCGACAUGCCACGGCUGGGGCUUCGCAUGGUGGAUGGGGGGUGAAAUGGAUCCUCAGUUGGAAAUGAGGGAACCUAUGGGAACCUGAUUGUUGCUCACUGUGAAGACUCUUCACAUUGAAGACAAUAGCCGUUCCAAGGCGUUAUCAGCCGACGUUGUAUUCAGAUUCUCCAUGAUUCUCCU